UAUUUUUGUCUAAAUUUAGAUCAGUUCACCUGAACACGAUCAAAAGAAACUUUCUUUUAAUUUCCUUUCUACAACCAUUUGUUAACCUGGAACGAAGAUGUCCAAGAUAAUUGUUGCAUCCAUAGCAGCUACUGCAUUUGGGUUCACAAUGGACCAUAUCAUUUCAAGUAAUAAGCUAUUUGGAGGUACAACUCCAAAAACAAUGAGCAAGGAAUGGGCAGAGGAAACAGAGAGGAUGAAAAAUGCAUGGCCUCGGGUGGCUGGACCUCCAGUCGUUUUAAACCCUAUCACUCGUCAGAAUUUCAUCGUUAAGUCUCGUGAUUGAUUAAUUGUUGAACCUACUUUAUCUAAUUUCAAAUAAUUAUGGCUAAUGCAACGUUAGCGGCCUAUAUGUACGUGCGAAUGAAAAUAAAAUCAAAGCUUCAUGUAAUUAAAAUCUUGAUUAUCAAAGUUUAA